AUCAUAGAGUAGCUGCAGCGGCGAGCCGGGGAACGUAAGAAGAGACGGGGGAGGCAGCCGGGGGAAAACAGGCGGACGCAGCCGGAAGAAGUAGGCGAGCGGUGGGGGAGAACAUUGCGGGGGAGUUGGAACUUUUCACGUAACUACCAAAAAAUCUGGUAUUUGAAUAAUGUCUAAAGCAAGGCAGCCUCCUCUUGUCACUGGCAUCUCACCAAAAGAAGGUACUUCAUGGACAAAGGUGACCAUCCGAGGAGAAAAUCUGGGUACUGGACCGUCUGAUCUAAUAGGUUUAACAAUCUGUGGCCAUAACUGCCUCCUAACAGCAGAAUGGAUAUCAGCCAGCAAAAUAGUUUGCCGUGUUGGACAAGACAAGAAUGACAAAGGGGACAUCAUAGUUACUACAAAAUCAGGAGGAAAGGGGACCUCUACUGUCUUCUUUAAAUUGCUCAAACCUGAUAAAAUAGGUAUUUUGGACCAGUCUGCUGUAUGGGUGGAGGAAAUGAAUUAUUAUGAUACCCGUACCGACAGAAAUAAAGGGAUUUCCCCUCUGUCUCAAAGAACUGCUAAUCCUUUGGGUAUAGAGAUUGACAAGCAAAAAAUUCAAAGCCAGGCCAUUGAGUCUUUAUUUCCUGGCAUGAGUGGAGAUUUCAAUUGUGAAAAUUUUAGUGCAACAUCGUAUCUUAUAACAAAUCAUUCUACUGCAAGCUUUGAGCAGCUUAAAACAGCAGCAAACAAUCUAAGAAAACAAGCAAGCAAAAAGAAUGAAGGCAAUGUAGCUUAUGUGAAAGGGGGACUUAGUACGUUUUUUGAAGCUCAGGAUGCUUUGGCAGCAAUCCAUCAAAAAUUGGAGGCGGAUGGAACAGAAAAAGUGGAAGGGUCAAUGACACAAGUAUUGGAAAAAGUCCUUAAAAGUGCAAGUACAACAGCUGACACCCUGUUCCAGGAAGUACUUGGUCGCAAGGAUAAAGCAGACUCUACAAGAAAUGCCUUGAAUGUGCUUCAGAGAUUUAAAUUUCUCUUUAACCUUCCACUUAAUAUUGAAAAGAACAUUCAAAAGGGUGACUAUGAUGUUGUCAUUAAUGACUAUGAGAAAGCAAAAUCCUUGUUUGGGAAGACUGAAGUCCAGGUUUUUAAAAAAGUGUAUGCUGAAGUGGAAACCCGUAUUGAAUCUUUACGAAAUUUACUAUUGGACAAGUUGUUGGAAACUCCAUCCACUUUGCAUGAUCAAAAACGCUACAUCAGAUAUCUUUCCGAUCUCCACGCUCCUGGUGACCCUGCUUGGCAAUGUAUUGGAGCACAGCAUAAAUGGAUUGUUCAACUCAUGCACAGCUGUAAAGAGGGUUAUGUGAAAGAACUGAAAGGAACACCAGUCCUCCAGAGCCCAUUACUUGACAUUGACAGCGAUGGACGUCCAUCACCUCUUGGUAGACUUAGCCAAAACACAUCAUUGCAGAGGGGCAGUAGUUUUCAAUCUGGACGGAAUGAUACAUGGAGAUACAAGACACCCCAUCAAGUGUCCUUUGUCGAUAAAUUAACAAAAGUUGUUGUUGGGCAGCUUCCCAACUUCUGGAAACUCUGGAUUUCAUAUGUGAAUGGAAGCCUAUUUAGUGAGACAGCAGAAAAAUCGGGACAAAUGGAAAAAUCCAAGAAGAAUGCAAGACAAAGACAAAAUGACUUUAAAAAAAUGAUCCAAGAUGUAAUGCAGACUUUGGUCAAGCUUAUCCGUGGUGCUCUGCUCCCAUUUAGCCUUGAAGAAGAGGAACUAAAACAUUUUGGGGGCUGGGAAGUGAAGAGUGAGCUAUUUGGACCUUGGCUUAUGCAUGUUGUCCAAACAGUUCGGCUUAGUCAUGAGUCUUUGACUGCCCUUGAGAUACCAAAUGAUAUGCUACAAACUAUCCAAGAUUUAAUACUCGACUUGAGAGUGCGUUGUGUUAUGGUCACCUUACAGCAUGCUACUGAAGAAGUAAAGCGGUUAGCAGAUAAAGAAGAUUGGAUUGUUGACAAUGAAGGGUUAACUUCUUUGCCAUCCCAGUUUGAACAGUGUAUCAUACAAGCUCUGCAGUCACUGAAAGGAGUCAUAGAAUGUAAGCCAGGGGAAACAAGUAUUUUCCAGCAGCAGAGAAUACAAGAUGAUUUGUGCUAUCUGUGCAUUAACCUUAUUCAGGUGUUUAUAACAAGCCUAGAAUACCUAAGCACAAAACCUGCAGGGGGUGUGGAUAUAAUGCACAUUUCAGCUGAUGUUUCUUCACCAGAUUUAUUUGGGAGCAUACAUGAAGAUACUACUGUCUCACCUGAAAAAAGGCUCUUGAUUGUUCUGAGUAAUUGCCACUUCAUCGAACGCCACACAUUGCUGAAUAUUGCAGAGCAUUUUGAGAAGUAUGGCUUCCAGGCAAUAGAAAAAAUUACUCGGGCCAGCACAGAUUCCCUGAAGGAACUUGACUUUAGGCUGUUUGAAUGCUAUAUUGAGAACAAAGCAGAUCCCAUCGUUGGGUCCUUAGAACCAGGCAUAUAUGCAGGAUAUUUUGAUUGGAAAGACUGCCCAACUCCCACAGGAGUUAGAAACUAUUUGAAGGAGGCACUAGUGAACAUCAUUGCUGUACAUGCAGAGGUAUUUGCAGUUUCCAAAGAACUGGUGCCCAGAGUAAUGGCAAGGAUUGUAGAAGCAGUAGGUGAUGAACUGAGCCGGUUAAUGCAGUGUGUGUCCUCCUUCAGCAGAAAUGGGGCUUUGCAGGCGAGACUUGAGCUUUAUGCUCUGAGAGAUGCUAUUGCUAUCUACCUGACAAAUGACAGCAAAUCCAGCUUCAAACAUGCCGUGGAAGCCCUGCCGCAGCUGCCAAGUGGAAGUGAUAAGAAGCUAUUAGAAGAACUACUGAAUGAAUUCAAAAGCAGCAUGCACCUACAGCUAACCUGCUUUCAGUCAUCAUCCUCUGUGAGCCUGAAAACAUGAGAAAUGAGGAGGUUCAGUUUGACUGUGGCUUUAACACUGCCGUGCCAGUAUCUUCAUUACAUAUACAUUUGCUUUAAACCUGCCUGUAUAUGCACACACAUAUUAUUAUUAACCCUUACUGUACCUUACUGUGCAUAUUGGCUCAUCAUGUUAUAUUUUGUUAGGAAGCUUAAAUAAAUUUCAGCAGUUUUCAUCGCA